UGAAUAUCCCUUUGUCAAAUUGACUCGACCCAGCAUAAGAAGUUUUCAAAGGGAAGAAAAACAAGAAGAGCCACAUGAUGCACACACAGGAGAGUCAAGAAGUGAAACUGACUGUUAUAGUUUCUCCGAACAUGAAGAUUCGCUGGAGGGAGUUGCAGAGGAGGAAGCAGAAGACGACGUUGACAUUGAUGGCUAUAAUGCUGAGUGUCCAAAGACUAACACACAUUCACUGUUGAAAGAAAGCAACACCAUAGCUGAGGAACACUGGAAAAGCCAACCACAGAUAUCACAAAGUCUGCAGAGUUCUUUUAUACAGACACAACCAAGCUUUGAUCAAAAGACAACUAUUAGGUCCAGGAAGUCAAAUGAAGCUGAAUAUAGAGAUUCAUCCAGUGUACACAAGCAGGUUCAAUCUGCAACUAAAAUGCCUGGUGGACAGUCGAGUAACCAGCGGUCUUUGAUGUGGAUUCUGGUAGUUGUGGCUUUAUUCACUAUUGGCCUGUGUUCUAUGUGGGUGACUCAAUCCUCCAAGAUUUUGCCAAUUAAAGGUUCUCCAAUUCUGCAAAUGUUCCAGGAUGAGAUGAAAAAAAUUAAGAAUGUCUACCCAAAUCAGGAUGAAAAGCUGUGGAAGAGGAUACAACUGUUCCUUGAGAAACGUCUCAAUAAUUCCCAUUCCCAUUCGGAGCCUGCAAUCUUAUUGCUUACAGCUGCCCAAGAAGCUAAAAGUGCUCUGAAGUGCUUAAGUAACAAGAUCGCAGAAGCCUACUCCUCCUCCCUGAGCACUGACACAAUUGAGAUUGAUUGUGCAAGUACAGUGUCACAGGACAGCGAUACAGCAAAGCUGGAUGUAGAUAAACUGCUGAGCUCUGGUUUUGAGAGCGGCAAGAAGGCAGCAGUGGUGCAUCAGUUUGAAUUGCUGCCUGCAGGAUCCACCCUGAUCUUUUAUAAGUACUGCGACCACGAAAAUGCAGCCUUUAAGGAUGUGACUCUUCUGUUGACUGUCCUUUUGGAUGAGGAGUCACUGGGAAAGAAUCUCAGCCUGCGGGAUGUUGAGGAGAAAGUGCGUGAUUUCCUCUGGGCCAAAUUCACCAAUUCAGAUACUCCCAGCUCCUAUAAACACAUGGACACAGAUAAGCUGAGCGGACUGUGGAGUCGUAUAUCCCACUUGGUUCUACCUGUUUGGCCAGAAAGUGCUCUCUCUCAGAGCUGCUAAUCAUAAGUAAAAUCAGUUGUGGAAAGAAAGGGAGACAAAAACAAUUGUGGUCGCUGGGCUGGGUAGAACUUCUGCAGCUGCUGAGCUAAGGCUGUACAACAGUGUUUGAGCACAGACCAGUAAAGUUAUUCUUUUUAAAGGAACUAGGGCUCCUCUAGAUAAGUGGAGAGUGUAAUGGUGGAAUAUAGUUUUUGAUAAAUUAGACUACAAGUGAUUUACUGAGGGCUGGUGCUCUGUAGAUGGAAGUUUUUUUUAACUGUACAUGGCUAUCCAGGUGUCUUGGUAUAGUAGACUAAUUACACUCUGGGAAGUCUUCUAUGCUAGGAAGUAGUAUUGACAUUGAUUUUGACAAGGUAAUGGAACUAAUGAAUUUGCAAACUCAUUGACCAAAAUAAAUUUCCCUUGUCCUUCAGGCCAAAUCUUAUUAUAGUAUUUAAUGAGGCUGCAUGCAUCCAAGCAUAGGUUUUCUUUUGUUCCAGCUAACUAUGGCUUGGGUAUCAGUUACCUUUUGUAUUUCUACCAUUCUAAGAAGAUCUAAAAAAUGUUCUGCUUCAGAGCAGACUUCUCAAAAUGAAGAUGUAAUUGUUUAAGUGAACCUUUUACAAAACAGUUCUAGAGAGUUAGAGAAGCUGAGAUGAAGUGACUGCUCCAAACAUCCAUCAACAGGUCAGUUCAGAAAUAACCCAUCAGUGUAUCUACCCUGCAGUGCAUCUCAAAUCACAAUUUUUAAGGCUCAGAACUUGAUACAGAACAAAGGAGAAAUUCUAAAUGCUGGUCCAGUGCAUGCUAACGCCCUGCUGGAUCUGCUCUAAAAUGCCUAAGAAGUGCAAAUUGUGAAUAAGUUAUUUUGGACAAGUCAAGAGGUUUUAUUAGAAAGUUGAAAGUAUUUUUUCAUUGACAAAAUGUGCAUUUAUUACUGUUUGUUAAUGUGAUAUCACGAUCCUGUAAAGAUACCUCUUCCAGAUGUGUGCAGUAAACCUGUUGUUUCCUAUUUACAUUUUUGCAGAAACAAAUAUUUUGUUUUAUUUAGCACAUUGUAUAGAGUGCCUCAUGUAAAAAAAAAAAAAAAAAAAAAAUCCCUGAAAUCUACCACAUACUAAAAUUAUAUUAAUAUACUUGUAUUGUAAAUA